AUGUAUAUUUCCUUUCGUCGUCAUCUCUAUCAAACUACUCUUUAUAUAGCAAUUGUUUGGUUAUUUACUAUAAUUAUACUUUUUUAUUUCAAUGAUCCGAAAAGAAAUCCUAUUGAUAAACAACCAUUUGAAGAUCUCAAUAUCAAACAACACGAUGAAAAUCGUUUAGAUAUAAAAUUAAUUAAUCAAUCACAACAUGAGGAAAUUCAUAAUAUAUUCGAUGAACCAAAGCAAGUCGUGGCACCUGUUAUUGAUGACAAUAAAAACAAUCCAAACAGGUAUGGCGACAUGGGAAAACCAGUUAUUAUUGAUAAAAAUAUAUUAUCACCAAGUGAACUAAAGAAAUAUGAUGAAGGCCUUGAAAACAAUGCAUUCAAUGCAUAUGUAAGCGAUUUAAUACCGUUUCAUCGCAAUCUACCCGACGAACGUCAUCCGGAUUGUAGAAAACUUGAAUAUAAAGCACUAUCAAUAACGGCAAGUGUAGUUAUGUGUUUUCAUAAUGAAGCAUGGACAACAUUAUUAAGAUCAAUACAUUCGGUUAUUGAUCGUAGUCCACCACAUUUAUUAAAAGAAAUUAUUCUUGUUGAUGAUUUUUCUGACAUGAGUCAUUUACAGAAGCCAUUGGAUGAUUAUAUAGAAACUCUUAAAAUAGUUUCAAUAGUUCGACAACCGCGACGCGAAGGUUUAAUACGUUCACGUUUAGCAGGCGCUGUUCUUGUUAAAAGUGAUACGAUUGUUUUUCUUGACUCACAUAUUGAAGUUACAGAAGGUUGGCUGGAGCCAUUACUUGACCCAAUAGCAAAAAAUCGCACAAUAGUUGUAGUACCUGUUAUUGACACUAUUGAUGCUACAACAUUUGCUUUUACUUUUAUUUCUGAAACAAUAUAUGUUGGUGGCUUUGAUUGGAACUUACAAUUCAACUGGCAUAUUUUACCCAAACGAGAACAAUCAACAAGAAACAGUUCAGCCGACCUAGCAAGAACGCCGACUAUGGCUGGAGGACUGUUUGCCAUUAGUAAAAGUUAUUUUUAUGAUCUAGGAAGUUAUGAUGAUGCUAUGGAUAUUUGGGGUGGUGAAAAUUUAGAAAUAUCUUUUCGUAUAUGGAUGUGUGGAGGGACUUUGGUAAUUUCUCCUUGUUCACAUGUUGGUCAUGUAUUUCGUCCAAAAUCUCCUUAUAAAUGGUUACCUGGUGUCAAUGCAGUUAAGAAGAAUUGUGUUCGAGUCGCUGAAGUUUGGCUUGAUGAAUAUAAAAAAUAUUACUACGCAAGGCUUAAUUAUAAACUAGAGGAUUAUGGUGAUGUGAGUUCACGGAAAGCACUCCGAGAAAGAUUAAAAUGUAAAUCAUUUAAAUGGUAUUUAACUGAGAUCUAUCCGGAACUGACGAUUCCAGAAUUUGGAAUAGCUGCGGGUGAUAUUCGAAAUCUCGCUGUUCACUACUGUGUUGAUGCUAAUGCUGAGAGCAAGAAUUUCCAGAAGCCAGCAAUCGGCUAUGAAUGUCAUGAACAAGGUGGUAAUCAGUUUUUUACGCUCAGUAAAACGGGUCAGAUUCAUCGAGAUGGCGGAUGCCUAGAUUAUCGAGAUGGCAAGGAAGGGAUUAAUAAAAAUGAUAGAAUUCUUGUUUUAUUAUGUCAUGAUCAGAAUGGAACUCAAUCUUGGAUUUAUAAUAAGAACGAUCAAUUAUAUCAUCCAGAAUCGUCACUGUGUAUGACGUUAUCUGACGAUUACCAGCAUCUUCAAAUGCAAAUAUGUAAUCUCGAUAUUGCACGGCAAAGAUGGAUAUGGAGCCGACAAUCACAUUAA